AUGGCAACUAACAGCUCUUCGAAAGCUACUCCAACGAUCGAACCUCCUACAGCAAUUGUUGGAUGCCUUCUAGAUGUCUCGGGCUCGAUGCGCAAGGUCUUGGAGACAGGAACAGGAGACGGAAGAGCGACUGAGCGACUCCGCGCUGUUCUCCGAGCCGCCCUCAAACUCGCCCGUGCAGAGCAGCGACAUAAUCCGAAUGCGUUGAUGUUUGUGGGCGCGUUUGGAAUGAAGAAUAAGCAAGCUCCAGUAGUAGAUCUGUGUGGCAUCGUCGAAGCGCUUUUGCAAGGUACAAAUGGCCCGGGAGAUGUACGCACCGGGCAUGAACACCUCGUUGCCCUCGCGAAUGAAAGGAACGUUCCGCAUAUAACGAAGUACAUCCAAGAAAAGCUCACGGAAGAGCAGGCCCGCAUCGUUCACGCACAUUUACGGCGAAACCCGGACAUGGUUCAGGAAUUUGUCGAUUCUAUCCCACCACCUGACAAGCUUAGGAAUAUGGAGAUAGCCGGUGCAGGUGCAAAGAUGUAUGGACCUCUUCUCGGCGCUUCCGUUGGCAGUGUGUUUGGCCCCGUCGGCACGAUCGCUGGGGCCGUUGUAGGCGGGGUUGUAGGACUUAUUGGCGUAGACACGGCUAAAGAUCAUGCCGUAGAAGAUUCUGAGGCACUGAAGCUCGCACGCCGCAUUUGUGACGAAUGGCUGUUGGAUUUCAAAGACCUUACAGCACGUUCUGUUGCGGAUGUAGUUCUUUUGCUGGAAAGAGUGCAGGAUCAUUCGUCGCUUGAGCGGAAUGCACGAGGACGCACUCUGCUAGAUGAGUUGAAACCGCACUUAUACGGCUGGACUCCAAUGAAACUGGCCAUGACUAAGGCUUUGAAUCUGUUUCGUGAGCAUAGAGCUCUCGAGGCACGUGUACUCGUAACGAUAUCCGAUGGCGAGUCGACUGAUGGGGACCCACUGCCAAUAGUGAAGGAGCUGAAGCAGGAGAAGGUCACCAUAGCAAGCAUCUUUCUGACGGCUGACACCUCAAUUCCUCGCCGCCAGCUUCACGAUCACUCUAGAGGCUCCCGCUACGUUGGCGAACACACUCUUUUCAACAUGGCUUCCAAGACAGCUGUCACGCAACAUCCCAUCCCAGUGUUGUCCUCCAUGGGCUGGGAGAUACCUUCCUCCGGCGAGUGUGCACUGUACACGGCAGUAUGCAGCUCAGAUGCCCUGGAAGAAUUCUGCUCCGUGCUGCUAUCUGCGCGCUUCCGUGAGACAGAUGCACUGUUGGACAUCCUCGGUCGGAUGGAUCUCGACUCGUACAUCAACGACGAGCACAUGCGGACCCGUAAUAAUCCUUCAGAUCAGGGACAGACAAGUACAUGUUAUGCCCAUGCUAUCGCAGCUGUCCUUCAUAUGGCUAUGCUUCGCAUUUUUGAACGUGACGGCGGCUGUCCGAGCAUCGCGAAAAUUCGGUCACAGAUUCUCAAGGAAUUGCCCCCUGGGCCAGAUGGGAGAAAUGUUGAAGAGGUCUUGGAAAAGGCUGCCGGUUGGUAUCGUCCCCUCCGCUUCCGCCGGGUAGACCAAGACGGCGCUCGACAAGCGGUAUUGCACCGUCGGCCGGUGUUAGCUACCUAUCGUCUCUCAAUCAGCGGUUGGGAAGCCUUCUCCGAGCACUUCCAGACACCGAGCACACGCACUUCAAUUCUUAGUGAGACCCGCAUGGCACAACACCGUUUCCUAACAGACGGAGGGGGCCAUGCUGUCGUCCUAGUAAAGUGCGAUCCACGCUCACUCACAUUUCUAAACUCUUGGGGAUCCCAGUGGGGAAACAAUGGUAGCUUCAGCAUCGAAAACGCCACAGUGCUCGAGCCGAGUGGUGCGCCAGAGUGGGCUUGCAUGCACUUCUACGACAUCUACUGGCUUGAGAGCGACCUGACAGUGAAGGAACGAGAGGCGUACAACGCCCAUGCGGAUGAGAGAGUACGUGCUCGAGCUACGAAGCAUCCGGAAAUCUUUGAGCUGGAAAUUCAGUGUCCGCUUUGUAAACGCAACGCUCCAAUCGCAGAUUUUACUGGCAGUGUACGUUCGGCGGUAUGUCCACUCUGCAAUCGGGGAUUCAGGCCGGCACCGGGACAUCUAGUGCAAGCUCUUUAUGCGAGAGCUGGGCUGAGUGAUGUAGUGUGA